GCAGGAGCAAAUUGAUGGGUAAACAGGCACGGCCGCCUUAUCAACCAUAUCCCUUUGCGGGCGCAAUUCUAUUUUCAAUCUAUCAGGAUGAAGUUUUAUCUGAUCUAUUUCGGUGUGAGUGAGUGAUGGCCUUUUAUUAAGUGCUCCAUGAUCCCGUGGUAUUAAGGGAAAAACAAAAUAAUUGAUAAAUCGCGAAAUUAUGAUGUUCACAAGUGCUGAUAGCACUGCACAACAUGAGGCAAACAUGGGCAACAGCCUGCCCACUGACUCCGAGCUCGACGAUCCGCAAGUGAACCGCUAUUUGACCGUCUACGACUAUGUGAUUCCAUUAGUUGGAGCCGUUUUAGUGCUGGUCAAUUUUAGCGUUGUGGUUUCCAGUGGCUUACUGAUACGAAAACGUAUAGAACCGAGGUACACUUAUCUGUUUUUGGGCAAUGUGGCAAUGACGGACACUAUCAUAGGAAUAUCUAUCUUGUUUGGUCAAUUCUACCCGAAAAGUCACCGGAACCAUCAUGUUUGUGCCAUUCAAAUGGGCAUGAUUGUAUCCAGCACCCUUUCGUCCAUCUACUCCGUAGGCCUGCUCGCAGUAGACCGAUUCCUCUACAUCGUCUACGGCAUCAAAUACUGCAAAUGGAUCAGCACAGUGCGCGUUCGAAUAGUUAUAGGCCUGACCUGGCUGAUGGCGAUGAUUAUCGGGUUUUUGCCUCUCUUCGGCUGGUCCGGCGACACUUCGGAUGGCAGAGUGUGCUGGUUCAUCGUAGUGGCGCCCAGUCCUUUGAUCAUCGUCACGGUUUGCAUCGGGAUCAUUCCAAUCAUCAUUGUGAUGGUGCUCUAUUCUAUCAUUCUGUAUCACGCCUUGGUCAACAUCAAGCAGAUUCAGUGCUCCAUCUACACGGUGAAUACGAUUUCCGAGCAGCUGGAGGCGUUAGAGAAUCUGCGAAUGUUCAAAGGGACUGUGGAGGUGCCAAUGAAGCCGGUGAAGCGAAAAUCGGAGGGCAGGAAACCGUCGCAAACAAAAGCGCCCAACAAGUGGAAAGCUGUGAAAAUCGUCCUCUUUACCACGCUCAGUUUUCUUCUGACCUGGUCGCCCUAUUUUUUCGCCUGCAUUCUCUACGUGGGCGAGCACUGCGGCCUGGAUGAGGAUUCGGAACCGUGCAAAACCCUGCGGCUCUUAAUUGCCAGCCCGCUCACUAUCUUAGGCUUCACCAACAGCCUGAUCAACCCCCUGAUUUACGCCUGGUGGCACAACGGGUUUAGGACUUACAUGCGGAAGACGCUUAAGAUGUGCUGCAGGUGAAGUGUGUUGGAGCCAUAUGAAAUAAACUCACUGUGAUUGUCA